GUUUGUGGGAUUGCGCGCCAGCGCCAGGCCAGUUGAAUACAUAACAAACGAAGGUUCGUGCCUAGACUCUAGUUCUCAACGAUCUGCUAUGCUGAGAAAGACGUUCUCUGUCCUUUGUCGAAGCCGUUUACUUUUGCACCCUUCUGUUUGUCAACCUUUUUGCGACAUGACUCCUGGUGUCGAAUCCCCUGCCAAGAGGCAAAAAAUGGAGGUAGACGGCAUGGGUGAUGCUGUAGUGGAACCCGUUUUGCAAUUUAAAAGACUUAACGAUGCCUUCGCUCCUGUUCGAGGCUCUGAUCAUGCGGCGGGUUUCGACUUGUUCAGUAAUAAGGACAUGGUUGUACCAGCCAAGGAUAAAGCCUCAGUUCCUACCGACCUCCAAAUCGCUCUUCCUAAAGGUUGCUAUGGUAGGAUAGCUCCAAGAUCAGGGUUAGCAUUAAAGAAGUUCAUCGAUGUCGGAGCUGGUGUUAUUGACAGGGACUACAGAGGAGAGGUAUUUGUUCUACUUUUCAACUUCUCAGAUACUAACUUUGAAGUGAAGAGAGGAGACAGGAUAGCCCAGUUAAUCUGUGAAAAGAUCUUCAUGCCUACCUUAGUUGAACGUGAGACAUUAGAGGAGACCAAGCGAGGAGAAGGGGGUUUUGGUUCAACAGGGACAAAUUAAUUAGCAACUCCAAACAGUAGUUACCUCAGCAGUAUACCGUCACGAAACCAGUCUGGAUGGAACAAUAAGCUGGAAAUGUUGGACAUUACUCCGCAGAACAAUUCAAAACGAGUGGUAGCACGUUUUGCUACACAUUUUCAUGGCAUAGAAUAGUGUUACAUGUAUUUUCUGUAAUUUCAUACACCAUCAUAUGGUCAGGUGAUAAUCAUUUGGAAAUGAUAAAUUCUGACAUCAAAGGCUCACAUAUAAAAAAAGAAAAUUAGGUAUCAAUUUCAAAGAUUUUCUGAAUUUCUUGCAUUAAGCCAAUGACAAUUUUGAAAGCUUGUUUUGUGCUCUUUGCAGUAAAGAUCAUACAGGUUUAACUAUAAUGAAUGUAUAAACAAAAUUUUCAAAAAUGACCAAGAUGCCUGUACUCCGGGGUAACAGGCCGCAUAGUUAAAUUUUGCUGCAAUCCCUAUUGAUUUACAUGUAAAAAGAUACUUUAUGCGAACGCAGAUACCAUACAGUGUGUUUGACAGCAAAAACACCAAAAAUUCUCCCUAACAAUAUUUGAAGACUACCUGCAAGUUAUCAACACAGACCUCGAUAGCUCCAGAGGUUUUACGCUGGUGCUAGACAGAAGAACGGUUCUCUAUACAGGAAGAAGUCGAUGUUAAUUAUUAGAUUCAGACACACUUCUCACAAGAAGACAUGAAAAAAAUCCAAAGUUUCGCUUGAUGUAGAUAAUUUACUAGGCCUUCAGGACAAGGAAUUUAUUAAUGUUAUGUUGUAUUUUUGCAAAUGUGGGAGGAAGAAUUUGCGUGAAAUGACACUCGACAGCAUAGAAAUUUGUAAGGUAGGGGGGAAAAUGCUACAUAACUCUCAUAGAUACAUUCUCAAAAACAACCGUGCAGUUAAACUAGAGAAAAGCCAAGUUGGUUUCAUGACUCCAACUAAUGGUCCACAAUGUCCUGUUGCCUCCUUCUUACGCUACAAAGAUAAAUUGAACACCCAAUGUAACUGGUUUUGGCAGAGACCGGCAAAGCCUAAGCGUGAGUUGAAUCCAUCUUGUUCUGGUCCAUGGUACUGUAAUGCACCCCUAGGGAAAAACACCAUCGGAAAAAAGAUGAAAACAAAUUACAUCUCGUGCAGGUACCAAGGCGUACACCAACCAUUGCCUAAGGGCAACCAGCAUCAGUACCCUACAAAAUGCAGGGUUCCGAGAUCAUGAGUGGCAGCUGUUGAUCCGCAAUCAGUACCAUCAUCAUCGACAUUCACUGGUGGCACUGUUAGAAAGCGUAGGAACUCAAAGAAUAUAUCUAUACUAAUAACCAUUGUUAUAUAAAUCAAAGAAUGUAUAGUUGCAUGUAAAUACAGUAGGAUUUGUUUAUUUCGCUUGCUAGACAAAGCCUUGUUUUAUCUAUUGUAAAUCUGAUAAAUGGUUGCAAGGAUACUAUCUUAGUGUUUCGCUCAAAAACAGAUCUGCUGCGCUGUAUUUGUUGCCCUCUUGAGGUGAAAGUCUUCCAGGAUGUAUACACUGUUGUGUGCCGGGCAGAAAGGCCACAAAGUGCAUGGACGUCCGUUGCUAUAAAUACGCAAUUCAAGUUUAUGACCUUUCUUUCAUUACAUCUGCACAACAAAGUUUACUCCAUUAAUCUUAAUUGUGAACAAUUUGUCUUCAGUUAUCCUUUCAUCACAAAAA